AAUGUUCUCUGAUCGAUCUCGCGGCAAUCGGUACAUUUGUCGAAUUUGUACGAUGUCUUCUGGUCUAGGAUGAUAUCGUCAUAGUCAAAAAGACGUAAGGCUGCUCAUAACGUCCCAAUCAAAUCCUACUCGAAGGACUACAGUCGGAAUGUAACUCCUUUGGCCACCUUUGCAAAUUGGGACAACGAUGCCACCCGCGGCCAGGUCUUGGAAUGGCUGCGUACGCUGCAGGAAGCGAAGACAGAAAUGUGAUGAACAAAAGCCACACUGCGCUCGGUGUCAAAAGCACGGACAAAGCUGUACUUACGAGAAAACAUUGAGGUUUGGCGGUCGGCCCUUCUCGCAAUCCCGCUUUGGGACUUGUCUGUCGAGCAAACAGGGCGGAGCUCGCAAAACAGCUACCUCCGAUGGGGGAUUUGUCUACACUGCCAAAAUCGGCGAAGCAGAGCCUUUGUCUCCUGUGCCACCGCCUCAACCGGUGAUUGCGUCGAACAUGCAGGCGGAUGCUGUAUGGCCUACGUCAAUACCGGAACUCCGAAUCGACCAUCAUCAACGACUUGAGCCCUUAUCCAAGAUCUCAAUAACCCGGCAACUUGACAUGAUGCCCUCAGUCUCCUUACAGAAUCGUGGCCUCUUCGAAUACUUCACCUGCAACGCCUCAAGGGCGUUGGCACCCCAUACUUUCGUUCACCAAGAGAUAUGCAAAUUGAUCUUGCCUAUGGCUCUUGACAGUCCGGCUCUGCUCCAUGCAACUUUAGCGUUAGCUGCCGUUCACAGAUACUCAACAGGAUUCAGUAUUGAGCACCACUAUUCCGAUGGAGACAUGCCGCUUGUGAACCAUCUGACAGGCAUCAGCAUCCAGCAUCUACGCAAUGAGCUCCAGAGUCCUCAGACAGGAUCGUUGGGGACGAAGCUUGCGACCAUUCGAACCUUGUUUCUGUGUGAAGCCAUUUCCGGAUCUCCAUCUUUGCGCACCUGGAGAGCACAUUUCCUUGGAGCGCAAGCACUGAUAUCAUCACUUUCCGGAUUCAAUGCUGAAAGUCGCAAAAAGGAUACAGCUGUGUCUUUUCUGUGCAGGUGGUAUGAGAUCACGGAAGCGCUUGUUGCGGUUACCAACGAAGGAUUGACAGAAAGUGGUACACCGGAGUUUACUGGCAAUCGACAUCUUCUAGCCGACAUUGACACCAGAACAGCAUGCAUUGAUGCAUACACUGGUUGCGCAGAAGAUCUUCCAGUUGCAUACCGGGAGAUUGGAGCGGUAGCCUGGGAAAGGCGCCGAACGAUUGAAAAUCCAAGCUGUUACCCCAGACUCUCUGAGCAAGAUUUUCAAUGUGAGGCUGAUUACCUGGAAUUAUCGGUGCGGAAUAUGAUACGACGCGAUAAGUCACGAACAACGGUACUCAAGAACUCCGGGACGCCUGAUCUAUCGGUCGAUGACUACAAGGACUUUGUCCUUUGCAAUGAGGCGUACCAGAUCACUGCGCUGAUCCACAUCCAUCGGCGCAUUCGACGGCUGCCACCAGCAGAUGCAGCCGUACAGGAAUGUGUCCAAAGAAUUGUCGAGUGUGUUGGCAGCAUCAAGCCUGCGGCGACAUUGUCACCCCUCACUCUCCUAACCACGCCUCUCUUCACUGCUGGAUGCGAAGCUAUAGGCAGAGAAAGGAUCCGAGUUGCACAAUUGCUGAACAACAUGUUUACGCUUCUACGAGUGCCGAACAUGAAACGCGCCUUACAGGUGCUGGAGGUAUUUUGGCAUGAAUCGGACGCCCGAGGCAUUUUCUGGGAGGAAUUUUCACGUGAACGUGGGUGGGACUUCCUGCCGUACUAGUGAACCUCCCUACAUGACCUCCAAGGGUCGUCCACUCCAUUCUCGAUCGGGAAAUCUUUAAUCAACCCUCGUCGCAAACUGCCUCGCUUUACUUUCUGCUGUUCAUGCGUCCGGUGAUAAAAUAAAGCUCAUUUCUUCUCACCCUGAACAUGCUCGACGGCUGCAUUGCUGGGCACUUCGUCAGAAGUCAGCAC